GCUCACCCGAGAAGCCUAGCCGCCUCUGCUCUUCAUCUCCUUCCUUCAAUCAACCAAUUCUUGCUAAAUCAGUUCUUGCUCGAGUUGAAAUUACAGCCUAACCUUCAAGCAGAGCAGGGGUUGGGGGCAAUGAUAUGUUUCAUUGAUAUUUAUGGUUUUUACUUUGAUUUUGUUUUCGACAUUGUAAAAUACAAUUGAUUUACCACCAGUGCUCAGUUUUCAUACUCAUACGUGAAAUUAAUGAUAUCUUGAUAAAUGAGGGUCUCUUCUAUUUUGUGUAUUUUUUUUACUACUAUAUCUUUCCAGCACUAUUCAGUGUAAGCCACUAAUGAUGGCAAUUUCCUUGUUUAAAGGAUACCUUGAUUUUAUCUCGGGUUUGGAGUUUCCUCCUAAUUUGGAGGUCAGAUAUUUUUAUGUCCUCAAUGAUGGACUAAUUUAAUGUUGGAUGUUAAGCUAACAUACAUACUGGAAGAUAAUUUCUGGCUAAGGUAUAGUGUUUAAAAUUAAGCAUUUUGUGCCUUACUCAUGCAUUAGUAUACCCUCAAUCCUAUCUCUUAACGAGUCCUAAACCUCUAACCACUGCCCACUGCUCUUUCAAACCCCAAAAAGAGUCCAAUUAGGUUUUCGGGUUUGUUUCGCGAAAAAAGCCCAAACCAUUUUUCUCUCUAUCUCGUUUGGCGUCGUUUCUCUCUCUGCUAAACCCUAGAUCUCGAGCUCUCGCGGAGCCCUGCUGCCUCAACGGAAGAUUCUUCUCUCGGUUUCAAAUUACUAUUCGGCAUUAAACGUAUUCCAUCCCAAAGCUUCUCAAGAAGAUAAAAUAUUACCUCCUUAAUGCAGUGUCUCUCCUCUUUCACACUUUCUCUGGAGAUAGGCUACUACCACUACCAGACUCUCUCUCUCUCGCUCUCUCGACUUUUUUUUCGUAGAUCUUCCUCUGUCGCCGGAAUCACAGUCCUUCCUCCUUCACACAACAUCACCAGCGGCAAAAUUCAAAUUCUUCGUGUAACGAUGGGUGGUGUAAGCAAAGUCUCUGAGCUGAAUCAUCUUCUUCAAAGUAUAUCUAGCAACAGCAAUGGCAAAAUCCCUCGACCUAAGACCACCAUAGCCGUAACUAAUGCAAUCCUCCAAACUCUCAACUUGGGCAACCUCUCUAAAGCCGUCUCAAUCCUCUUCGAUUCUCCUGUACCCUUUCCCUACUCUGUCUACGCUCGUCUUUUCCAGCUAACUUCUUCAACUCGCGCAAUUGUCGAGGCUCGAAAGCUUGAAUCUCAUUUGGUCACUUUCUCAUCCGACCCACCUGUCUUUCUCUUGAAUCGUGCCAUAGAGGCCUAUGGUAAUUGUUGCUGUGUUCAUGAUGCCCGCGAGCUGUUCGAAGAAAUGCCAGUUAGAAAUGGCGGCUCUUGGAAUUCCAUGUUAACAGCUUAUUCAAAGAACGGUUAUGAUAAGGAGGCCUUGUUAUUGUUUUCGCGCAUGAAUAGGUUCGGUGUUUUUGCCAAUGAGAUUACAUUUGCGAGUGUUUUAGGUUCAUGUGCUAAACUACUGUGUCUUUGUCUUUCUCGACAGAUUCACGCGCUUACUUCAAAGUAUGGUUUUGGUAACAAUAUAAUAUUGGAAACGUCACUUGUUGAUGUGUAUGGGAAAUGUUGGAUUAUGAGUGAUGCACGUAGGAAGUUUGAUGAGAUUCGUAACCCCAAUGAUGUUUCUUGGAAUGUUAUUGUAAGGCGGUAUGUUGAAAUGAAUGAUGGGAAGGAAGCAAUUUUCAUGUUUUUCAAGAUGUUUCCUGCGGCUGUUAGUCCCUUAAGCUUUACCUUUUCCAAUGCACUUGUUGCUUGCUCAAGUAUUUCUGCACUUAGAGAAGGUAUUCAAAUUCAUGGAGUGACUAUUAAGAUGUGUUUUGAUGUUGAUGAGGUAGUUUCUUGCUCCCUAAUAGAUAUGUACGUUAAAUGUGGGAAACUGGAACAAGCUCGUGCAAUUUUUGAGCAGUCUGGUGCAAAAGAUUUGGUUUCUUGGACUUCAAUUGUGUGGGGUUAUGCGAUUAACGGGAAGACAAGCGAGGCAAGGGAACUCUUUAAUGACAUGCCAGAACGUAAUUUGAUAUCAUGGAAUGCAAUGUUGGCAGGAUAUAUUCAUUCAUUCCAGUGGGAAGAGGCUUUGGCUUUUUUACAUUUAUUGCGAAUGACAACUAAGGACAUAGAUCAUGUUACUAUUGGGUUGGUAUUGAAUAUUUGUGCUGGUCUUUCAGACGUUCAAACAGGCAAACAGGUUCAUGGAUUUGUCUAUCGACAUGGUUUGUUUUCCAAGCUCAAUGUUAGCAAUGCCCUUCUUGACAUGUAUGGUAAAUGUGGGAAUUUGACAAGUGCGAGGGUUUUGUUUUUCCAAAUGAGUCAAUUGCGGGAUAAUGUUUCUUGGAAUACUUUAUUGACUAGCUAUGCUUGUCAUGGCCAAAGCGAACAAGCUUUGACAAUCUUCUGGGAGAUGCAAUGGGAGACACAACCAAGUAAAUUUACUUUUGCAACCCUUUUGGCUGCUUGUGCAAAUAUCCUUGCUUUUGAGCAAGGCAGACAAAGUCACGCUUUCAUUAUCAGGAAUGGUUACGAGAUAGAUAUUGUGCUUGCAGGAGCUUUGGUUGACAUGUACUCCAAGUGUCGUUGUCUUGAUUAUGCCCUUCGUGUUUUCGAAGGAACAUCUUCACGGGAUAUAGUUUUAUGGAACUCCAUAAUGAUAGGAUGUUCCCACAAAAAAGGUGUAGAAGUACUUAAAUUUUUUGGCUUAAUGCAAGAAACAAAUAUUAAGCCAGAUCAUGUCACCUUCCAAGCCGUUUUAACUGCUUGUUUGCAUGAAGAUCUAGUUGAAUUGGGUAGUCAAUAUUUUCAUUCAAUGAGCACCAACUAUGGUAUCAUACCACGACUUGAGCACUAUGAGAUUAUGAUUGAACUUUUCAGUCGCUCCAAUCAAAUGGAUGAGCUUGAUGUUUUUGUAAAAGAGAUGCCAUUUGAACCCACAAUUCCAAUGCUAACAAGAGUGUUGGAUGCUUGUAGGAAACAUGGGUGCAUGAGGUUGGGAAAUUGGGCUGCGAAACAACUAGCUGAACUGAAUUCGUCGAGUGAACUUCAGUUUUAAAUAAAAGAGUGGUGUGUUGUUAGACAAUUAUCAUGACAAUACAUUGUUCAGAAGGUGAGAUUUAAUAGGAAUUAGUACAGUUGACUUGCAUUUUGGGGUCUAAAAUCUGUCAUGAUUUUAUAAGUGCUAGUAUUUGUGAGCACAGGUCAUGGUUUGUGAGCUUAAUGAUUGACAAUGCGUCUCAAGAAAAUCAAAUACUGCCAACACCGAUAUGCAACUGACUGUACAGGACAUAUGGCCAAGCAUGACGGGUUUGCUUAAGAUCGGAAUUCUACCCCGCUCGAACUCCAUAACUAAACUCAAGUCAUUGCUCAUUCCUGCUCAUCUUUGCUAGCCCUUCAAAUGAGUCUAUUGCAAGUCAAAUGAAAAGUGAGCAUGCCACAACAAAUAUCAAGUCAGAAUAUAUUGUAUUUUCCAAACGCAUCUCUCAUAACGAUUUUGCUAUCUUUCCAUGAAUUCCUCUUUUUAUAGAUUUACUGUACAUUGAAAAUUGAGUGUUGCGUAUUACGCUACGAGGCCAUUAUCUAAAUGUGACUACAAUAAAGCUUGUCUAAUGUAAAAUUUGAUAUCAUGUUGCAUCGAAAGUAAGACUAAAGAGAAACGAAUGAUUUGUAUUCUCUAUCGGGUUCUUAAAACUAUGGACCUAAGUUUUAUACCGAGUAGCAGAUAAAUACCUAAGUUGUAUUUUUGGCGGUAAAAAUACCUUUCGUCACUAGUAUGGAACUUCCGUAGGUACUUGACCGUUAUAUACCAGGUUAGUGUCCACGUGUUACUAUGUGAUUAGUCCGGAUCAUUUAAUUUUUAAUUUUUAUUUGUAAAUUAAUUUAAAAAUUAAAAAUAAAACAAAAAUAAUUUAAAAUCAAAAUAAAAUAAUUAAUAUUUAUUAUUCAUAUUUUAAUUAAAUUCAAUUAAAAUAAAUCAUUAAUUAAAACUCAAAACCUAAAAUUAAGAAACAAACACAAAAGAAAACUGAAAGGUCAUCCCCUUUAGGUAGAAAACUGAGGCAUGUUCAGGUUGAAGACGACGUAAUUCACUUCAUUUAUGCUAAUUUGAAGAAUUUGAAUUUCGCCGCUGCAAAUGCAAAAAAAAAAAAAAUAAUAAUAAUAACUAACUUUAGAAAGUUCAUGAAAUUACAUAAUUGACCCUCAAAUUAAAAUACUAUGACAUUCCUAAUUUUCUUCAAAUCUAUGGCUUGUAAUAAGUCCUAUUUUUAAAUUUUGUAGCAAAUACAUCCACAAUAUUUAUUUAAAGAUAAUUUCACAAAUACACAAAAAAAAAAAAAAUUACAAAUAUACGGUUUCACAUAAUUUUAAAUAUUUUUACGAUUUUUUUUUAUUUUAUUUACAGAAAACACGGCCUUUUUAUGUUGUUAUCUUGUUAAUUUGUUAUUAUUUUUUGUUAUAUGCAUGUUAUUUUUUGUUAUUAUUUUGAUAUUAUUUAAAUAUUAUUUUCAUGUUACUUUUAUGUAGUUUUCUUGUUGUUUUCAUGUUCUUUUUAUGGAAAACCGUAAAAAUAUUAAAAAAAAAUUCUUUGAAUGUAAAAAUGUAAUUUUUUUUUACAAAAAAUGGUGUCUUGUGUAAUUAUACCAUUUAUUUUUUAUUUCAAAAAUAAUAUUAAUUUAUUUAUUAUUUUGUUUGCAAUACACCUUUAGUAGUAUUGUUGAUGUUUCUUUAAUUUUUGUCAAAUGAUUUGUUAAUUGGGUUGCUCACCUUGUGAUUAGAGCUUCUUAAUUAUAUGUUCAUUGUGUUUUUUCUGAGUCUAAUCUUACUUUUGAUUAGGGAUGGCAAAACGUGUCAUCGUGUCGUGUUCGUGUCAUAUUUUAUGUGACCCGCUUUAUAUUUCGUGUCAAGCAUGUCGACCCGUUUUUUUGACUCGUGUCUAAUUAUCUCAACCCUAACCCGACCCGUAAAAAAUCAUGUCGUGUUCGUAUCGACCCACUGUGACCCGUUUUGCUAUUAUUAAAGCUAAAAUUGUAGAGAAAAUUAAUAAAUUUAAACUCCAUUAAAAUAGUGUCUUCAAGUGGGGACGUUACAUAUUUGUGUGUUAUUAAGAUUGAGUUUGUACAUGUAUGUACUUGACUCUUGCUUUCCCAAUUCUGCAAUGAACUUGGUGUUCAAAUCGAAUGUGCAAACUAAACUGUCAAGCACGAACUUCAGUUUAGAGUUAGUACAGUCCGAAAAAGAAAUAGAUUCUUUCAAAUAGCCCAUCUUAUCCAACAACUCCAAAGAAAGAUUCACAUCUUCUAGCAUCAAAUGGCCUUGAUCAUGCAUGACAACUUUCCUCAAUUUGAGGAUUUUCUCACUCAAAUGCAAUCGUGCAAAACAGAGACAUUUAUAACACCACAUUGGUUUGGAAGCCAUCAUCUCCUCUGUAAGAAAGAGAGAACAUUUACCAAUUUUCUCUGAUUUAAAAUGAAAUUGUCGUAUCUCCUCGCCUAGAAGUUCUCUCGAUUCACCCGUUCCGGUAUAAGACGACGUGAGGAAAUGCACCGUUUGUGCAUAUAUAGAAGUCGAAGUUGAGUAGGUAUUAGAAUAGGAACUCAUAUUGUAAGCCCUCUAGUGCGGCUGACCUAAGGUGUAUAAGUAGGCUUGCCAAUUGGAAUAUUUCUUGCUCUCACAACGCAAUAAGACUUUAACCGUCUUCGAUUCAACAUACAAAUGCCAAAUACGAUAUACAAGAAUGGGUAUGGUUGGCAAAGUGAUUCUCUAUCCGGUAGCAGGAUUAAAAAGCUGGUACAACUUUCUUCUACCACUGUCCACUUUUAUCAAAACAAUCCCAUGUUUAAUGUCAAGAAUAAUGGCACCAAUGAGAGGAGUUAAGGAGAGGUUAGAUAAUAUCCUAUCCUGAAAACUAAUUUUUUGAUUACGUUUCACCUUAAUAGGGAAGUACUUAUACUCGCAAUAUGUGAUGAAAUUGUUAAUGACUUGCCUCCACAGUUUGCUUUCUAGACUACACCUUAUCAUAAUUUUCAGCGAUAACCUACUGAUAAUUUCAUCUAGGGCUUUAUUAGGAAAGUCACGAUCCUCUAGGGAAAAUUCAAACCCUUUGCUUCCAUCGUUAAACAAAAAAGUGAACCUGGACCAGAAAUAUUACUAUUUAUAUGUACAUAUCAUAGAGAGAUCAUAUUAAUGUAAAAAUGUCCAACCCACAGAUUGAUAUACAAUUAAUAUAAUGAUAAACAAAACAAGCACCAUAUAUAAAAUUAAUUUUACACGUAUAUAUAUAUAUAUAUAUACAUUACCUGGUGAUGUUGUGUGAAGGAGGAAGGACUGUGAUUCCGGCGACAGAGAAGAUCUACAAAAAAGAAGUGGAGAGAGCGAGAGAGGGAGUCUGGUAGUGGUAGUAGCCCUUCUCUAGUGUGAAAGAAGAGAAACUGUAUUGAGGCGAUAAUAUUUAUUUUGAAAAAAUGGGGUAACAACAUAACAAUUCUCUUUUCUCUACAAAACGACAAUAUCAUAUGAAAACGACAAUAUCAGAUGAAAACGCCUUAGCACAACUCGUAAUUAUUUAGUUGUUUAACCAUCAACAGAAAUGAAUAUAUAUACAUAUAUUAUUUUUUAAUUUGUGUGUUGUUAAGAUUGAGUUUGUACAAUUAUGUACUUGACUCUUACUUUCCCGAUUCUUCAAUGAACUUAGUGUUCAAAUUGAAUGUGCGAACUACACUGUCAAGCACGAAUUUCAGUUUGGAGUUAGUAUAGUCCGGAAAAGAAGUAGAUUCUUUCAAAUAGCCCAUCUAAUUCAACAACUCCAAAGAAAGAUUCACAUCUUUUAGCAUCAAAUGGCCUUGAUCAUGCAUGACAACUUUCUUCACCUUGAGGAUUUUCUCACUCAAAUGCAACCGUACAAAACAGAGGCAUUUAUCCCACCACAUUGGUUUGGAAGCCAUCAUCUCCUCUGUAAGAAUGAGAGAACAUUUACCAAUUCUCUCUGAUUUAAAAUGAAACUGUCAUAUCUCCCCGCCUAGAAGUUCUCUCGAUUCACCCGUUCCGGUAUAAGAUGACGUGAGGAAAUGCACCGUUUGUGCCUCUAUAGAAGUCGAAGUCGAGUAGGUAUUAGAAUGGGAACUCAUAUUGUAAGCCCUCCAGUGCGGCUGACCUAAGGUGUAUAAGUAGACUUGCCAAUUGGAAUAUUUCUUGCUCUCACAACGCAAUAAGACUUUAACCGUCUUCGAUUCAACAUACAGAUGCCAAAUACGAUAUACAGGAAUGGGUAUGGUUGGCAAAGUGAUUCUCUGUUCGGUAGCAGGAUUAAAAAGCUGGUACAACUUUCUUCUACCACUGUCUACUUUCAUCAGAACAAUCCCAUGUUUAAUGUCGAGAAUAAUGGCACCAGUGAGAGGAGUUAAGGAGAGGUUAUAUAAUAUCCUAUCUUGAAAACUAAUUUUCUGAUUACGUUUCACCUUAAUACGGAAGUACUUAUGCUCGCAAUAUGUGAUGAAAUUGUUAAUGACUUGCCUCCA